AUGGCUGCGCCCGGUUCGGAGGUCUCGUCGGAUGGAGGCUUCGAACAAAGGAGCGAGACAGAGGAAGAAGUCUUGGAUGGGGGAGGUAUUUUCACCUAUAAACCCGUCGCAUACGCCCUGGGAAGACGAGGAAAAGACGCCGUCGAUGGAACGAGUGAAAGCAGUAGCAGCGACGACGAGGACGACAACGACGUCCGACCCGUUUUCCCCCGUAGACCUGGAAGAGACAAGGGGCCAAAACGAGGGCGGGAGUGUCUAUCGAGUACAGACUCCCUCUCUUCCCCUUCCAAGAGACCCCCCCCGGUGGUCGAAAUUGAGAGCGACGAAAGCGACGACGAUGGCGUGGUCCUACUGGUGACGACGAAUGGCAAACAUAGAGAGAAAACAGAAGCGUCGGGUCGCGGCGCAUCGGACGAGGAGGAAGACGUCGACAUUGGCAGGUAUCUGGAUGGGGACAUCCAAGAGGAGGAAUUGACCACGCUACAGCCGGCGGCCACGGGAGGGAAAAGGAGGGGCAAGGGGCCAAAUGGGACAGGAAACGGACGACCCAUGCUCGCCACAGGCACUAGGGUAGGCUCAUGCCCCAACGGCAGGACCUCAGUGCCCGGAUUGGGCGCCCCACCCGCUGCCGUGGACGUGACUGCGGAGGAGGAAAUGACGGCACAACCACAUGCCAAGGCUCGCCUCGAAGCAUUGAGGGCGGAUACCUUGCUAAUGGGGGCGGCCUUGCGGGCCAAUGUGACGGUGGAGGUGGAGGACCUGGUGGACACGGCUAGUGUCGCCAGGGAAACGGGACCCCAAAAAGCGACGACGACUGAGGAUAAAGUGAUGCUCAAGGUAGGGAUGCAGGGGCGUCAGCUACAACCCUUCCGAGUGUAUACCUACAGCAUGCUUUCGGACGUGUUUGACGCCUACGCGCGCAUCAAAGGUCUGCGUUCGGAGGAUCUGACCUUCAGCUAUCAAGGGAUGGAAUUGGAAGGUUUCGAUCAGCCGCGCUACGUAGGCAUGGUGGCAGGAGAUGAUCCACGCGCGGCUGGAAACAUCGUUUAUGUCCAAGACCGAGCGGCGUUGGCCGCCAAAACCGCGCAAGCCCUUGCGGCGUCCAAGACGGUAAAUUUGGUGUUGCAAUGGCAAGGAGGACAAGAGAAUGUGUCCAUGAAAAUGCAAGGAAGCUUUGGCGAGCUCAAGAAAACGAUGGCGGCGAAGAAAGGUGUGGACGUGGCCACGGUGCGCUUUGUGUUCGACGGGGUGACCUUGAGUGCGGAGACAACUCCUGAGCAACUCGAAAUGGAGGACGAAGAUACGGUGGACGUGUACGGAUUGUCAUGA